AUGAAGUUAAAAGAAUUGAUUAAAUCAGAUUCUACAAAUGCAUUUAUAUCUGGUGGUUUAGCUGGUGCUGUGUCGAGAACUGUUGUAUCACCUUUUGAAAGGAUUAAAAUUUUAUUACAAUUACAAACUGCUAAUAAUAUAAAUGCUUCCUAUAAUAAAGGUAUUUGGGCAUCAAUAGUUUAUAUCUAUCAGAAUGAAGGUUGGAAAGGUUGGUUUCGAGGUAAUGGUAUCAACUGUGUUCGUAUCUUCCCAAAUUAUGCCAUUCAAUUUUUGGUCUAUGAAGAUACAAUGAUUAAAUUGGAUUCUUUUUUUGAUGGUUAUACAAAUACGAAAAGAUUAUUAAGUGGUGGUUUAUGUGGAUUUGCCAGUGUAAUUGCUACUUAUCCAAUUGAUUUGAUUAGAACAAGAUUAUCUAUACAGACAUCAGAUUUAGAAAACUUAAAAGCCAGCAAAGCUAAAGAUAUUAAGCACCCACCGGGUUUCUGGAAACUGUUUAAAGAUGUUUAUUAUAAUGAAGGUAAAAUUAUCGGCUUGUAUAAAGGUGUUAUACCAACUUGUUUUGGUGUUGUUCCAUAUGCUGGAUUAAAUUUUACAUUUUAUAACAUUUUAAAGGAGAUUGCAUUGCCUGACGAAAAAUCAAACCUUAACAAUGGUAACGGCAAUGUGACAUUCAAGGAUAAUAUAAUCAAAUUAGGAUUGGGUGCAAUUAGUGGUGGUGUUGCUCAAACGAUCAUAUAUCCAUUUGAUCUAUUAAGAAGAAGAUUCCAAGUCAUCAAUAUGGGUAAAAAUGAAUUGGGAUUCAAUUAUACCAGUAUUUGGAAUGCACUGGUUACAAUUGGUAAGAAAGAAGGAUUUAAAGGAUAUUACAAUGGAUUAACGGUAAAUUUAUUUAAGGUUGUGCCAUCUACAGCAGUGAGUUGGGUAGUCUACGAAAUGUCAACACAAUUCAUCAAAAAUUGGUAA